AUGGCACCGGUCCUAUACCAAUGCACGGUUUGUUUAAAUCAUUAUAAAAUAAAACCGGACGGUAAACUAUAUCGACAUGGAGGCAAAGUGAAGGGCCAGGAAUGCCCUGGUUCGUUCAAGGCAGCCGACCAGCCUCCGGCUGGUUCAUCUGCCUCCGCGCGAUCGCCGCUUACCGCUGCACCUGUCAUCAACCCUCAUGUUGCUACACGCGGUUCUUCGGCAUCGGUCUCGGAGAGUCCCUCCCAAGUGGAUUUUUUUCAUGUUUUUGACAGGCUGACGGUCGUUUUGAGGACUGCCCAUCUGUAUGAUCACGUUCCCAAACCGUGCAGAGACAAGGUAUCUAAAGCAUUGUCGGCUUUAUUGACGGCCGUUUGCGAUGAUCCCUGCGACGCGACCCAUUGGUGCAGGCUCCAAUGUUUUUUCGCAUUUGUUUUGUUCAAGCCAACCAGGGGCGGUCGCAGGACUAAUCAAGCCAAUUACGUUAUUAAACGGUUGGCCGAAUUCAGUUCGACCGAGGUCGAGUUUAUUGUGGCAAGCUUCAACACUGACCACAACACCAAACCGCGUAAGCACAAUCCAAACAGUUGGAUUAGUGCAGUAACCACUCGGAUUGAACAGGGCAGUCUCUCGGCGGCCGUCAGACUUGCUUGUUCGCCCGCAGGCCUGGCGGAGAGCUCGCCUGAGACACUCGCUAAACUCAAAGCUAUUCAUCCCAGUGCUCCAUUGAACAGGCGAGCUUUCCCCGCGCAGGAGCCGUCCAAUGGUCGCGUUUCACCAGCCCAGGUGUUGACGGCUUUAAAGUCGUUUAAUAAUGGUUCAUCGGGAGGCCUUGAUGGCUUGAGGCCUCAGCACAUAAAGGAUUUACUUUCCGGUCCGACGCCCACCGAUGAAUUGUUAAAUAACCUCACCCGUGUUGUAGCUUCCAACGAUCGUUAUUCUGUAGGUUCAAGAUUUCCGAUAAAUGAACACAACUGCUUCAGACGCAAACUUUGUUGA